UAUGCCUUACAACCAAACACAGACCUUUUUCCACAAGCGAGUGGUGAAGCUGGAGUGUCGCCACUGCAUGAACAUUCUGUGUUGGCGAGGCAUGCGGGCUAUCCUUCUAGCUGAUACUAGUAUUGAACUCUACUCCACUGAUCUACCUCCACCCAAUGCUGUUGAGAUGAGUGGAGAUGAUUAUUGCACAAGUAAUUGUGCCUGUCACAUCCGUGACCUGGUUUGCGCUGGGUGUGGUAAUCAAGUGGGGUAUCACGUGACGUUGCCAUGUAGGAACUGUAUGGACUCGUGUAACAAUGGCCACUUCUGGAUGUUUCAUGCUCUAGAAUGUAAAGAAGUUGAACGUAUGGACGAUUCAGGGAAGCAUUUAAUAUGGGGAAAAUUGCCUCCAACCCAUGAAGACUUGCAGAAGCUAAAAGAUAAAACAUCUAAAAAUCGAUCUAUAUUCCCUCUAUAUCCGAUAGAAUGUAUUAGGUGAUCACGGAUUCUGGAGUCACGGUAUGUUCGAACUAAAGAUAAUGAUAAUUAUUUUUAAUAUUUUGUUGUAAAUGAUGCAAUCUCAUCCACGGUGGAGACAUAUUUCACACGGGUUAAACUUGUAUUAUGGUAUAGGAACAUGUUGUUGAAAUCAUUGUACAUUAUUUAGAUUUUCGGUAUUAUCCAUUCUUAUUCACAUUAUUUUGUGCUUUUUAUGAUAUGGAUUGUGUGUCUUGUUAUUAGGUAUAAGUACUAAGUAGUAUACGUAUUAAGUAGGUACAUGUACAUGUUUGCCGAACAUUUUCAUAGCUUCAUAUUAGGAAUUACAAAGUAUUUUCACGACCAUACUUUUUAGGGCUUUCUAAGUAAGUUAGUACCUUGUUGGAAAAGAUUUGUCCUUUAGUCCCUCUGAUGCUUUCAUUUCGAAUGAUAAUAACGGUUAUCAAAACUUGAGCUGUUUUCUAGAUAAAAGAGGCAUUUGAUUACCGUUACCGUCUUAUGUUUGUAGUUAAAUCUGAAUAUAUUUUACUGGUUUAUGGCAUUUAGGAAUGUGAAUUUGACACAUGAUCACAUUAAUCUUACUCUUAAAUUGCAGAUAAUACCUAUAAAAUGUUUAUUAUGAAGACCCAAAGCAACCAUGCCAUAAGCCAUAUCUACUGUAAAUAUCAUAACAUUUUCUAUAACUGAAGUGGGAGACAAUUUCAGAGCUACGAUUGCUGCUUUCGGGCUGAUAGAUCUCGAAUUAUUUAACUUUUUCUCAUAAUUUGCUCUUCAAAAUUGUGUCCCACUACCAGGGUAACUAUUGGAAGUUUGUGGGACUAUAAGAUUACUGUAACAUUCACUAUACAGCGGUGUGCAGAUAUAUUAUUUAUAAUUUUCUGUGCACUACACUUGUCAGUAAUCGUGAAAAUUAAAUUAAUAACGAAUACUAGCGAAAUUGCAAGCUACCGUCAAAACAAUAUUAUUUACCGAACUGUUUUCCUUUUUCAAAUCUUCCUAAGCUAAGUUUGACCCUAGUUUGCAGUUGCUAUAUAAUUUUGGGAGUUAUUUGUUGAAAUUUAAGUGAUCUGAUUUUAUCUGCUUGCCUUGUAAAAUCUGCAGAUUUUUGAUUAAAGCAGUAAAAAAUAGAAUAAGAUUGAGGGCCUCACUUUUAAGCAAUUUUCUUCUAAUAUUCAAAUUUAUGCCUGAAAUGUUUUAACAAUAAUGUAAAGGGAUUUUAGGACAUUUUAAUUUGCAGUGAUAGUACACCUGAUGGGAGGAUUACUCUUCUUCUCUUAACUAUGGGACCUUUUGUUAGAUAUUUUGGAUUUUAAAUGGGAUAAGUGUUUAGAACUUUAGUCUGCUUAUGUGAUUGUAUAAUUUAAGUUAACUGCAUUGUUUUUUUUUUGGCUUCUCUUGUUUAUACUAACAAUAUUCUGUGUUCUCUCAGUUUUAUUUGUACAGAAGUUAAUAUACGUGAGUCAAUAAUAUUAUAUAUUAUAAUGUUCAAUUUUGAGUAAUGCAAACUCUGGGUUUGAAAUAGAUACCUAAUAAGAUGUUGUGUAAUUCUGGCAUUACUUAAUAUAAUAUGUAAUUAACAAUAAUCAAUAUUUCCGUUUUGAAAAGUAGUGACCGCCUCACGGCCUCAUGGGUAAAAGAUUUUCGUGUGUGUUCCAAAAUUAGAAAAUGUAGUCUCUCAUUUGUUGUAAAUAAACAUAUUAUAAAGAUAAUACAGUCCAAACGUUAUCUUGGCAAUUUGACAGUUUGUAAGAUAAGCAGAUUAUAUAACAGUUAUAUUUACAGUACCUGUAACGCAACGUUUUGUGAUGACCCAUUAUUGUAUUAUUGUAACCAAGUUAUCUGAACCGCAUCACGGUGUUUGAACCGCAUCAGAGUGUUGAACCGCACUCUAGCCGCAUUAUAUUACAUGUAUUAUUACUGUACUGAUUUCGUCAGCGUUGUGCGAUAAUAUCUAUCUGAUCCGAGUUUGUUCACAUAUUAUCUGUCAGCGUAGCACUGUUUUGAGCAUUAAAGUAACUGUAUAUUUAUGAAACUGUAAACAUUUAUAUCAAUUAAUUUUCAAUGAUUACUGUAACCAUGGUAA